UCAUGCUGCUGCCAGGUCCAGAGUCUCUCAUGGGUCCUGUACGGCCUCCCAUUGCUGCUGUCUCCAUCGCCACACUCUGCCAUGUGCCACUUUCAGGUCUCCUCACACUGCUGGUGUGUUCCAUUUUUUGUCAUAGGGUGCUGGCAGAUUACGGGCCUCCCAUAGCUGCUGCCAGGCCCCUAAUCUGCCAUGGGCCCUGUACCGCCUCCUCAUGCUGCUGCCAGGUCCAGAGUCUCUCAUGGGUCCCUGUACGGCCUCCCAUUGCUGCUGUCUCCAUCGCCACACUCUGCCAUGUGCCACUUUCAGGUCUCCUCACACUGCUGGUGUGUUCCAUUUUUUGU